GCGGCGGGCUCCAGGUAACCGAAGCGCCGCGCAGUGCUGACCCGGCCGCCCGCCGCCGAGCCAUGGAAAUCGGCACCGAGAUCAGCCGCAAGAUCCGGAGUGCCAUUAAGGGGAAAUUACAAGAAUUAGGAGCUUACGUGGAUGAAGAACUUCCUGAUUACAUUAUGGUGAUGGUGGCCAACAAGAAAAGUCAGGACCAAAUGACAGAGGACCUGUCCCUGUUUCUAGGGAACAACACAAUUCGAUUCACCGUAUGGCUCCAUGGUGUAUUAGAUAAACUUCGCUCUGUUACAACUGAGCCCUCUAGUCUAAAGUCUCCUGAUACCAGCAUCUUUGAUAGUAACGUGCCUUCAAACAAGAACAGUUUUAGUCGGGGAGAUGAGAGAAGGCACGAAGCUGCUGUCCCUCCCCUUGCUGUUUCUAGCUCUAGACCUGAAAAAAGGGAUUCCAGAGUUUCUACAAGUUCACAGGAGCAGAAAUCCACUAAUGUCAGACAUUCAUAUGAUGAUGGAGCUUCCACCCGGCUAAUGUCAACAGUGAAACCUCUGAGGGAGCCAGCACCCUCUGAAGAUGUGAUUGAUAUCAAGCCAGAACCAGAUGAUCUCAUUGAUGAAGACCUCAAUUUUGUCCAGGAGAAUCCCUUAUCUCAGAAAAAACCUACAGUGACACUUACAUAUGGUUCUUCUCGCCCUUCUAUUGAAAUUUAUCGACCACCUGCAAGUAGAAAUGCAGACACUGGUACUCACUUAAACAGGCUGCAACUUCAUCAGCAGCAAAGCAGUGCUCACUCUGCCAAGCAGCUGGAUAUACAGAGCAGUCAGGUAUAUGAAGCAGGACGGUUGUGUGACCCAGAAGUGCUUAGCAGCGUAGAAGACACUUAUAGCCCCUUCUUCAGAAACAACUUGGAUAAAAUGAGUAUUGAGGAUGAAAACUUUCGGAAGAGAAAGUUGCCUGUGGUAAGUUCAGUUGUUAAAGUAAAAAGAUUUAGCCAUGAUGGAGAAGAGGAGGAAGAUGAUGAGGAUUAUGGGACCCGGAUAGGAAGCUUGUCCAGCAGCGUGUCAGUACCAGCAAAGCCUGAGAGGAGACCUUCUCUUCCACCUUCUAAACAAGCUAACAAGAAUCUAAUUUUGAAGGCUAUCUCUGAAGCUCAAGAGUCUGUAACAAAAACAACUAACUAUUCUGCAGCUCCACAGAAACAGACACUUCCAGUUGCUCCCAGAACUCGAACUUCUCAAGAAGAAUUGCUAGCAGAAAUGGUCCAGGGGCAAAACAGGGCCCCCAGAAUAAGUCCCCCUGUUAAAGAAGAGGAAGCAAAUGGAGAUAAUACAGAAAAAAUUCAAGGAACUCAACAGAGGCAAUUGUUAUCCCGACUGCAAAUUGAUCCAGUAAUGGUGGACACAAUGGAGAUGAGUCAAGAUUACUAUGACAUGGAAUCCAUGGUCCAUGCAGACACAAGAUCAUUUAUUCUGAAGAAGCCAAAGCUGUCUGAGGAAGUAGUAGUGACACCCAACCAGGAUUCGGGGAUGAAGACUGCAGAUGCCCUUCGGGUCCUUUCAGGACACCUUAUGCAGACACGAGAUCUUGUACAACCAGAUAAACCUGCAAGUCCCAAGUUUAUAGUGACGCUGGAUGGUGUCCCCAGCCCCCCAGGAUACAUGUCAGAUCAAGAGGAGGAGAUGUGCUUUGAAGGAAUGAAACCUGUAAACCAAACUUCCGCCUCAAACAAGGGACUCAGAGGUCUCCUCCACCCACAGCAGUUGCAUUUGAUGAGCAGGCAGCUUGAGGACACAGAUGGUAGCUUUUCCAACGCUGAGAUGACUGACCUGAGCAUGGCACAGAAACCAGAGAAGCUCCUGGAGCGCUGCAAGUACUGGCCUGCUUGUAAAAACGGGGAUGAGUGUGUGUACCAUCACCCCAUCUCACCUUGCAAAGCCUUUCCCAACUGUAAAUUUGCUGAGAAAUGUUUGUUUGUGCAUCCAAACUGUAAAUAUGAUGCAAAGUGCACUAAAGCCGAUUGCCCCUUCACUCACAUGAGCAGAAGAGCCCCAGGACUGACUCCAAAGCCAGUGUCGUCACCAGCACUGUCUUCUAAUGGCCAGCUCUGCCGUUACUUCCCUGCUUGUAAGAAAAUGGAAUGUCCCUUCUACCACCCAAAACACUGUAGGUUUAAUACUCAGUGUACAAGACCCGACUGCACAUUUUAUCAUCCCACCAUUACUGUGCCGCCAAGACAUGCCUUGAAAUGGAUUCGACCUCAAACCAGUGAAUGAUGCCCUAGUCCUACCUGGCAGAAGAUCAUGCAGUUUGAAAGCUUCCGUCUUCUGAUGAGAGAACUUGUCACGUCUUUGAAAUUAAGAAUAUAUUGCUUUCAUAUGAAUUUUACUGCCCAACUGAAGUGUCUAAUUUUUCAAGUUUGUAAGUUUAUUAAGUGGUUUCAACAUUUUUUGUUUGUUCGUUUUGACUAUGAAAAAGACAGUUUAAAGAAAAGCCAAAUUCUAUUAAAACAUUUGCGGCAUGUUUGUA